AUGAGAGACAGGUACGGGGAGCUGAGAGAGACGGGUACGGGGAGGAGAGAGAGACGGGUUCGGGGAGGUGAGAGAGACGGGUACGGGGAGGUGAGAGAGACGGGUACGGCGAGGAGAGAGAGGCGAGUACGGGGAGGAGAGGGAGGCGAGUACGGGGAGAUGAGAGACAGGUACGGGGAGAUAAGCAUAACACACCGAGAUAGGCGAGUACAGGGAGAAGAGAGAGGUGAGUACGGGGAGGAGAGAUAUUCGAGUACUGGGAGAAGGGGUAGGCGAGUACGUGGAGGAGAGAAGGGCGAGUACGGGGAGGAGAGAGAAGGGCGAGUACUGGGAGAAGAUAAAGGCGAGUACAGGGAGGAGAGAGAGGUGAGUACGGGGAGGAGAGAGAUUCGAGUACUGGGAGAAGGGAUAGGCGAGUACGUGGAGGAGAGAAGGGCGAGUACGGGGAGGAAGGGUUGGCGAGUACGUGGAGAAGAGAAGGGCGAGUACGGGGAGGAGAGAGAUUCGAGUACUGGGAGAAGGGGUAGGCGAGUACGUGGAGAAGAGAAGGGCGAGUACGGGGAGGAGAGAGAUUCGAGUACUGGGAGAAGGGGUAGGCGAGUACGUGGAGGAGAGAAGGGCGAGUACGGGGAGGAGAGAGAUUCGAGUACUGGGAGAAGGGGUAGGCGAGUACGUGGAGAAGAGAAGGGCGAGUACGGGGAGGAGAGAGAUUCGAGUACUGGGAGAAGGGGUAGGCGAGUACGUGGAGAAGAGAAGGGCGAGUACGGGGAGGAGAGAGAUUCGAGUACUGGGAGAAGGGGUAGGCGAGUACGUGGAGGAGAGAAGGGCGAGUACGGGGAGGAGAGAGAUUCGAGUACUGGGAGAAGAUAA